CAAAGAUCGAUCAGAGAAUGGCAUCAAACGCUUGCAAACUCCUUUGCCUUGUUCUCGUCUUUGCAUUCAUCAACCAAGGGUAUGGAGAUUGUCAUCUACAUGACCUAUCAGUGAAACAAUCGAAGACGGGGAGAAUGGUACAGAACAAACCGGAGUGGGAAGUGAGAGUGACGAACCCUUGUAUUAGGUGCAAAUUCCAGUACACAAAAUUGCUAUGUGUCGGUUUCGAGUCGGUCACACCCGUGCCUACCCGGUCGUUGUCUAAAUCCGGCGACAUCUGUCUACUCAACGCCGGUAAUUUCAUAUUCCCGCACGUCCCCCUCGUUUUCAGAUACGUAUGGGACACCAGCUUCGACCUCAAGGUCAUCGACGGCGUUAUCGUUUGCCCUUAAAAUAUAUUUAAUUCCUUCUACCCGUCUUUGUUUUGGUUUGGUUUCAUGUUUGUUUAAUUUUGUUCUUCCUUAAUUUAGCGCAUGAAACUGAUGAUAUUUACCUAAUCGUUAGUAUGUAAGGAUUAAUACAGAUUCAAUUAUAGCAAAAAAGGAUUAAUAAAGAUACUCUUUUUUAUAUACUA